ACCGGGUUAAGCUAUUAAAAAAAAGAGGGGCAAAAUUGUCUUUUGAGACCCGCUGAAUUUUACGGCUAUCGUGUCCGCAGGUCGCCCGCGCAGGGGGGUGCGGAUUUUCGAUUCUGAACUAGAAGCCGAGAUUCUUGUGUGCACGAGAGCUUCCCUCUUCUCAUUCACCUUUUAAUACUAAGUGAAGAGUGGUUCAUAUUUAUAGGCUCAAAAGUUCUCAAGGAGUUUAUGUGUGGGAAAGGUUAAAAGAUCCUUUUUUCUCCUAUACUUGAGAAGAUCAUUUUUUGCGUCUACCUUCUUUAAGAGCUAGUUUUUGAGCCACUUCAAACUUCAAAGUCCAAAACUCCAACACCAAAGGUCAACACUACAAUCAAAGCUUCCAAGAGUCAACCUUGAGAUUAAAAAAAAUCAAGGUUAACACUAUUUUUCUCAAACUCCAAGCUACAUCUCAAGGUCCAGGAAUUUGCAGAAAAUUCAAUCAACUUCACGUCUACGGUCAACAUUCAACAAUCAACAAUGGAUGUCUCUAACUCAUCAAUGUGUAAGAACAAAUGCGUUAAAGUUUCUGAUGAGUCUGAGAUAAGCAAAUCUGACAGUCAACAAAUAAUCACGUCUACUUUAAAUAAAUAAUGUAACCCCGAAUUAACAUUAACAUUAUAAACUUCCAUUGCAAAAUAAAUAAUGUAACCCCAACUCUAUAUAAUUGCAACACUUUGCAUUUGCUAUUUUAAAUUAUGCAAUUAACCCCAUAAAUUUACAUUUCUUUAAAAAAAAUACAGGGAAAAUCGCAUAUAUGAGAAUGGUGCGAAAAUAACUUUUUAUAUAAAGUCUGAGAUAUUUAAAUUACAUAUGCAAGUUUGGGGUAUUUACUUCACACCUCAUCAAAGUUUGAGAUAUUUUUAUUUUUUUUCCCCUUCUUUUUAAUGUAUUUACGUCUUUGAUAUAAACUACGAAGUAGUUUAGAAUCAGGUUUAUUGACAUAAAAUGAUUACAAAUACUUGAAAGAUGAAAAAAGAAAUGGAAGAUGUUAAUAUUUGAAAAGUAAAAUUUCAUAACUAUUUUUUUUGUUAAUUCAAAUGAAACAAAAUACGUGAAAGAUGUAAACAUAAUUAUGAGAUCUUAAUUUAACAGGUGGAUCUUUUAGGAAAAUAUUUGAACCUAAAAAAAUAUUCUAAUCUGGUCUCCCCAACUUUCAUAAACUAUUUUUAUAACCAUAUCACCCAUUUUUUAGUUUCAUAUAUUGUUUUAAAUAGACCCAACUGCUAAAUUAAGAUGUCAUUAUUAUGUAAUUAAGAUGUCAUUAAUAUGUUUACAUCUUUAAGGUAUUUUCUUUCAUUUGAAGUAACAAAGAAAUUUUACUUUUCAAAUAUUUACAUCUUCAAUUUUCUUCAUCUUUCUGGCAUUUGUAAUCAUUUUAUGUCAAUAAACCUGAUUCUAAACUAGUUUAUAUCAAAGAUGUAAAUAUCUAAAAAAUAACAUUUCAUAAAUUUUUUUGUUGCUCCGGAUGAAAAAAUAUCUGAAAGAUGUAAAAGUAAUUGUUAAAUCUUUAUUACACCUACAUCACUUGGAUUUAUUUAUAAAAUGUUGAGUCUGAAAAAUUCUACCAAACCUUCAAAUUUUUGUAAAAAAUAUUGGUUUGGAAUUAGAUUUAUUGAUGCUUGUUGCAACUUGCCUUUUAACUCCAUAUGAUAUUUUACUUUUUUAAAAAAAUUUAUGUAAAUAAUAUUGGUGUCAUAUAAAGAUAAUAAAAAAAUAUAAAAGUUGAUAUAUUUUUUAUAAAUAUUGGCGCAAAAAUAUAAAAAUUAUAGUACUUUAAGGUAAAAGGAGAUUUUUUUUUUUAAUUUGGGCCCACUUAACCAUGUCUCUUGCGCAUUUGCUUCGUUGAAGUCGUUCCUCUUCCCAGAGUAUUUAACGUAUUUUCGUGACCAUAGUUUAAAAGAGCAGCACUUUUGUAAAUAUUUUUAGCCCAACACUAGUUAAGUAAAUAAUUAUUUAUUCAGUAAAUAAGUGGUUGUUUGAUACGGAGUACUAUUUAGAAAGUCCUUAGAAACUUCUAGUUGAAUGUGUUGAGUUUAAUCCAACACGAUAUAGUAAAUAUAUGUAUAAAUGUGUAUGAACAAGCUAUUUUUACGUGGAAACCCGGAAAGGGAGAAAACCACGGGACUUUUUAGGCUAAUGUUCAAGCCCUCUCUUUCUCAUUAGGGCUCUCCUCACCAUUACAUUGUACAAGCUCCCAUUAAUGGAGUAUUUGAGCUAUUCUAGAGGAAGAAAGAAGAAGGAAGGGAUCCCUAAUAUGGAGGGAAGACCUCCUAUAAAUAGGGAAAGGGGUGAGGGAAGUACUCCACCCUAAUGGGCCAAACGGGCCGAUGUCGGGCCUAAUGGCCAAAGUGGGCCAGAAUGGGCCGAAAUGGACCUAGCUGCUCGGGCUCCGUACUGGAUAAUGUCUUGGGCUCCUGAACAGUAAUAAGCCGGGAUAAUAUAUCCCAACACAAGUCCCCCAGUUUCUUGAGUAGUGAGCGUGCGAAUCUGCUCGAGAAAAUAUACUCUUGUCUGCGCUCUUCCUCUGUCUUGCUGGAAACUGUGUCUUCGAAUAAUCAUAAUAUAUGAGUGGGUAUCUGCACUCCUGAACGUAAUCUGCCGGUGAGGCACCCCCCUUCCCGACGGGGUCGGGCGAAGGGUGCUACUCCACGGGCACACUCCCCCUGAAUGCAUCAGGCGGGGGUAAAGGACUCUGACUCGAGCUUUCCAAUCGGAGAAGCUUAGAGGUCCAUGCAUCUAUAAACCGACGUCGCGGUACUGUCAAAACAUGAUGCACGUGUGUAUGUAUGAAUGUAUGAGGUAUGAUGCAUGAAUGCAUGAAUGCAUGUAAUGUAUGGGUGCAAUGUAUGAGAGAAGGAAUGUGAGAUGUGAUAGAAAGCGGUGGCUCUCAUCGAUAAAUCGGGCAUGUCAGCGCCGAGAGGCAGACAUGCUGCAUAAGAUGGUCGUCGCCAUCCUAGAAGGGAUUGGCGGUCCGGAGAUGAACUCGACACAAUGGCACGGCGGGGCCGAUUGUGCUGCAUAAGAGACGUUUGUCGCCAUCCUGGAAGGGAUGGGCCAGCCGAACAUGAGCCAGACACGAUGGCGUUGAGGGGCCGAUCGUACUGCAUAAGACGGUCGUCGCCAUCCUGGAGGGAAUGGGCGAGCCGAACCGUGAAUCUGGACACGGUGGCGCUGAGGGGCCGAUCGUGAUGCAUAAGACGUUCGUCGCCACCCUGGAAGGGAUGGACGAGCUGAACGUGAGCUGGGUACGAUGGCGCUGAGGGGCCGAUCGUACAGCGUAAGACGGUCGUCGCCAUCCUAGAGGGAAUGGGCGAGCCGAACCGUGAAUCUGGACACGAUGGCGCUGAGGGGCCGAUCGUGAUGCAUAAGACGUUCGUCGCCACCCUGGAAGGGAUGGACGAGCUGAACGUGAGCUGGGUACGAUGGCGCUGAGGGGCCGAUCGUACUGCAUAAGAUGGUCGUCGCCAUCCUGGAGGGAAUGGGCGAGCUGAACCAUGAAUCUGGACACGAUGGCGCUGAGGGGCCGAUCGUGAUGCAUAAGUCGUUCGUCGCCACCCUGGAAGGGAUGGACGAGCUGAACGUGAGCUGGGUACGAUGGCGCUGAGGGGCCGAUCGUACUGCAUAAGACGGUCGUCGCCAUCCUGGAGGGGAAUGGGCGAGCCGAACCGUGAGUCUGGACACGAUGGCGCUGAGGGGCCGAUCGUGCUGCAUAAGACGUUCGUCGCCACCCUGGAAGGGAUGGACGAGCUGAACGUGAGCUGGGUACGAUGGCGCUGAGGGGCCGAUCGUACUGCAUAAGACGGUCGUCGCCAUCCUGGAAGGGAUUGGGCGAGCCGAACCGUGAGUCUGGACACGAUGGCACUGAGGGGCCGAUCGUGCUGCAUAAGACGUUCGUCGCCACCCUGGAAAGGAUGGACGAGCUGAACGCCGGGCUGGGUACGAUGGCGCUGAGGGGCCGAUUGUACUGCAUAAGACGGUCGUCGCCAUCCUGGAAGGGAAUGGGCGAGCCGAACCGUGAGUCUGGACACGAUGGCGCUGAGGGGCCGAUCGUGCUGCAUAAGACGUUCGUCGCCACCCUAGAAGGGAUGGACGAGCUGAACGCCGGGCUGGGUACGAUGGCGCUGAGGGGCCGAUCGUACUGCAUAAGACGGUCGUCGCCAUCCUGGAAGGGAAUGGGCGAGUCGAACCGUGAGUCUGGACACGAUGGCGCUGAGGGGCCGAUCGUGAUGCAUAAAAAUAGUGAUGAUCAUCUCAUGGCCCUCGGCCUGUCGGUGAGUGGUAAUCGUCUCACGGCCCUCGGCCGUGCUGGUGAUGUGUCAAGUCUCUCUCCUGAUUGGCUGUGAGAAGCCGAUCGUCUGCCAGGACUCCAUCCGGGAAGGAAUGGUGAGCCUGAAAUAAAUCUGGGCGAUGUCCCUCCUACCUGAUCUGGGGAGCUGAUCGUCGUUCGUCUACCGUAUCCGUGGUCCUAUGUACGGACCGCUAAGCGGUGUACACUCGGUACGCAACAGACUCCGGUAAAGAACUGGUUCUUCGUGUCUGAUCCAUGGAGCUGGUCUUCGUUCGUCUACCGUAUCCGUGGUCCUAUGUAUGGACCGCUAAGCGGUGUACACUCGGCACGCAACAGACCCCGGUAAAGAACUGGUCCUUCGUGUCUGAUCCGUGGAGCUGGUCUUCGUUCGUCUACCGUAUCCGUGGUCCUAUGUAUGGACCGCUAAGCGGUGUACACUCGGCACGCAACAGACUUCGGUAAAGAACUCGGUCUUUGUUCUUCCCAAGUCUCGUGAGUACUGGUCUCCUGGUUUCGCAGGAGACGUUCGUCAUCCCAACUAUGAGAAGGAACAGGUUUAUCCACGUCGGGAUUCCCUAUCUCUGUUCGUCCCCCGUCGUGAGUUACUAGUCUUCUGGCUUCGCAGAAGACGUUCGUCAUCCGUCCAUCAAGGGGGGGGGGGGGAACUGGUAUACCCUGUCAGGGUUCCCUUUUCUUCGUUCGUCCCUGUCGUGAUCCUACUAAUCUUCUUCCCUCGAAGAAGACGUUCGGCAUCCACCGAUCGCAAGGAGGAACUGGUUUAUCCUAUCGCGGGUUCCCUGCUUCGUCGUCCCAUGCUCGUGGCCCUACUGGACUUCUGCUCUGGCAGAAGGUGUUCGUCGAUCCACGGGAAGUGGGAGGAACUGGUUUAUCUUGCCGAGGUUCCCUUUGGUUCGUCUAGCCCCCCCACGUUCCUACUGGCCUCCGUGUCAGGAGACGUUCGUCAUCCACGGCGAAGGAAGAUCUGGCAUACCUUGUCAAGACUCCCUCUCUCAUAGGAGCUUGUCUCCCCUUCUCCCCAUCUUGUUUUUUUUGAGGGAGGAAAAAUACGUCCGUCGGUUCCAAGAAUAAUUACAAGUGAUGUCACAUAUAAUGGUGGUGGGAUACCAAAAUGAAUAGAAUGACGAGGCGAUGGAAAUGCUGGUCGUCAUGCGAAGGCGAUGGUCACCCUCCUGGAGGGGAGGGGUGAGCCCGAUCGCUAACUCAAGAAGGUCGGCAUUGAGAGCCGAUAAUGAUCAUAAUGUCGCUGAGUAGUCGGUCCUGAUAAGAAGAUGACAAUGGUGUCGAGAUCAGGCCGACAUAUCCGAGCAACGGCUCUCAUCCACGCAGCGCGGGGAUGAAACCGGUCUUCAAAAGAUAAAUAUGUCGUGCCGAGAGGCCGAACAUAACAUGAUAGUGUCGACAGUAAAGGCCGACCUGAAAGAAUCAAGCAAUGGCCCUCGUCCGCGGGGGGCGGGGACAAGGCCGGUCUUCAAAAGAUAAACACGCCGUGCCGAGAGGCCGGUCGUGAUAUAAUGACAUCGACAAUGAGAGGUCGAUCUGAGAGUGAGCACGCAACGGUCCUCAUCCGCGAGGAGCGGGGACGAGGCCGGUCUUCAAAUAUGGAAAGCACGCCGAGCCGGGAGGCCGGUCGUGAUAUAACGGUGUCGGCCAUGAGAGGCCGAUCUGAGAAAACAAGCAACGGUCCUCAUCCACGCAUCGCGGGGAUGAGCCCGGUCUUCAAAUAAGAUAAUCAUGCCGUGCCGAGGGGCCGGUCAUGAUGUAAUGAUGUCGGCAAUGAGAGGCCGUUCUGAAAUCAAGCAACUGUCCUCAUCCGCGCAGUGCGGGGACGAGGCCGGUCUUCAAGUAUGAUGAUCAUGCCGUGCCGAGGGGCCGAUCAUGAUGUAAUGAUGGCGUCGGACGGCCCUCGGCCGUGACGAUCUCUUCUAGGCCCUUGGCCUCUGAAUAACGAGUGAUCGUCUCACGGUUCUCUGUCAUGGCAUUCGCCUCUAGACCCUCGGCCUCUAGGUGUUCUUCCUAGGCCAUCGGUCUCUGGGGUGGAGAUGCUCGUCCCACGGUUCUCAAUCGUGGUGGUCUCCUCUAGGCCCUCGACCUCUGGGUGGAGAUGCUCGUCCAUCGGCUCUCAGCCGUGAUGGUCUCCACUUUAGCUGGCCCUAAACGUCUUUGAGACUUAGGCCGAUCGUCUUUUAAUCAUUUCGCUCGAGCGCGUCGAACGGCUUCAGCUGCGCAAUAAGCAUGGUAACGGGCUGCACGGCCCGACAAUAAAUAUGCACACAUAACCAUCUGCAUGGCUUUCUCUUUAACAUCCACGAUUACCGGCCUAUGGGUCAUCGUGACCCUCGGCCCGGCUCAUCGUGCGGGGUUAAGGGACGUAGCAGCUUGCGGCGGGGCCAAUUAGCACCCCGCCGAACGUCACAUAGAGAUAUUCAUCGGUCUGUGAGUUUUCAAACUCAGACCCAAGUUGGUCGCACUGCCCUCGGAAAAACGAGGUUGAGUGCUUUGCUGCCCUCGGGCCCCAUAGGCCACGUUUGGCAAUAGUCACUUCGCGCCUAGCGGCGCGGAUGGUUCUGGGGUACGGUCGUCGAUCGGGCACGUAGUGCCGUGCGGACUAAUGCGCAACCCUCCAAUUAAAAUGCGUCGUCGGGGCAUCGCCCUUUUGGAGACGCUCAGAUCGCUUAAUCAAGCUGAUCGAGAGUGGGCCAACGGGCCCACAAGAAAUUAAAUAUUCGAUAAAUAUUGGCCGAACUAACUAUCACUAGAGCUUCGCUCCACAUUAUUUAAUUCGGGGCAUUUUUAUCCCUAAUAAAUAAUAGUGAUGUACGGGUAGUAAUAAUAGUAUUAUCCUACCAUAGGCCAUUCAGAUACGCUCCGUUCGCUAAUUAAAGCCGGUCGGGAGCGGGCCGACGGGCCCACAACAACCAGUCAUUAAUUAAAAUGACGGUGAAAAUAAUUAUCACUAGAGCUUUACUCAUUUGAGCUUUGCUCGACAUUAUCUAAUUUCGGGAUACGUAAAACCCUAUUAAAUAACAGUGAUCAAACAACUAACUACAUAGCAGUAGUUAAUUCGUACUACUCUACAUCAUUAAUAAUUAAAUGCACCAAUCUAAUAAUUAAAUGCACCAAUCUUAAGAGUAAGCAAUUAAGUAUAGGUACUUAGCUCUCUUGAGAGGUAGGUUCGGCCAGAUAAUUGGCCCUGACCUGGUCAAACUGAGCUCCCCACCAGAUUGUGACUUGGUCAAAAAUUUCCCAAGGAAAGUGGCUCUCCCUUGUUUGGCCUCAAACACGCAGACGUGGUCUGCUUAGAACCAAGGCAGUCUGAACGGUUCUCCGUGUCUUGGGGAGAAUAACAGGGGCAUCUUCUCAUCGACCCAAGGCCAGACUAUCCGCGUCUGCUACUCACCGAGGGCGGCACGGCGGUUGCAGCGGAGCAAGGUCGGCCAGAGGGUGUGCUUUUCGGUGGGAGGUCGGUUGAGCUUCUGAUGUAUCCUCCUUGACUUCAAACUGCCAUUAAUGGCGGAAGCUCCUUCAGGUCGCGUCAGCUUCAGACCGCUGAUGCCGAGCGGUGGCGUGCGCCUUAGGCGGUGGCCGCCCGAAACAGCCGGGAUGCUGCAGCGAGCUCCACCUGUCGCAGCUGAUUUCGCCGGAGUUCACCGCGGCGGGGAUGGUUACGGUGGCUCCGGCGACCUCAAAACAGGCCUGGAAAAAACCAGAUUUGGACUUCUAAAAUCCGUAGCUUCUUCGCUCCUCCCUUCCCCAGAAUCCUUUCUCUUCCUUUUCUGGAAUCAGUCCACUUCGUAUGAAUUUUUUGUAGAUAAAACUCAAGAACGGUAGAACACACGAAUCUUUUUGGACAGAUUCCCACAGACGGCGCCACUGUUGAGUUUAAUCCAACACGAUAUAGUAAAUAUAUGUAUAAAUGUGUAUGAACAAGCUAUUUUUACGUGGAAACCCGGAAAGGGAGAAAACCACGGGACUUUUUAGGCUAAUGUCCAAGCCCUCUCUUUCUCAUUAGGACUCUCCUCACCGUUACAUUGUACAAGCUCCCAUUAAUGGAGUAUUUGAGCUAUUCUAGAGGAAGAAAGAAGAAGGAAGGGAUCCCUAAUAUGGAGGGAAGACCUCCUAUAAAUAGGGAAAGGGGUGAGGGAAGUACUCCACCCUAAUGGGUAGGGCUGAGCAAAACCCGAUCCGACCCGAAAAACCCGAUAUUUUUUUCGGAUAUUAUCCGAACCGAAGUGGAUAUCCGACCCGAAAAACCCGAAACCGAAAAUCCGAUUAGUAUUGGGCCUAGAUCGGGUGGCGGGUAGGGUUUGUGAAAUCCCAACCCGACCCGCCCGAAUAUCCGAAAUAUAUGUUAGUGUGUACUUUGAAUAUUUAAUUUAAUACUUGUGUUCAAUUAUUUGUGCAAUUUGUAUUAAAUUAUUUGUGUAAAUUGAAUGUGUAGUGAACUAGUGUGUACAAUUUUGGUUAAAGUGGCAUUCCAACACUUUAACUAUCCAAUUAUAAUGUGUUUUGAUAUAAACA